UCUAAAGACGCCAUUUGUUCUCAAAAUCAAGUUGUCUGUUUGUCUCUUUUCACUUUUUAUCUCUUGGUGGAAGAGACCAAUCGCAUUGUAUCGCUUUUUUCUCAGAGUAUUUUGCUACGACUUGUAAAACUCAUUCGUGCAUAGUUGGCUGAAAAAAGCACACUCCUUUAAGUUAAAAUCUUCAAGCUUUUGAAUCUGGUGGCUAUCGAUUUCUGACGUAUUUGAGCAAAAUUUCAUGGUACACCUCCAAAUAAUUCAUAAAAAAUUUUCGACAAUUUGUGACAACACAAACAAGCCUCUAUUUCUUCAAUUUUUGGAGUUAAAGCAUUUUCAUAUUAAAAUAAGCAUGAUAAACGUCUUAUUGUAAAAAGUAUCCUUAUAAGAUUGUAUGUAUCCUUUUAUAAUAAGACAUUUCAACGAAAGUAAUUGGAAAUAGGAUCUCUCAUGGCUAUUUUUUAUAUCUUUGAAAAGAGAAAAACCCAGUGUUAUGUCGAAAUUCUUGCAACUUUUGCCAACGAAGCGAAAGCAAAGUCCUAAAAUUCAGAAGCUUUGAAAGAAGUGUUGUAAACUAAACUGCUCCAUUUAAAGUAAAGCGUUCAAGAUAUCGGACAGCGUUUUUGCUGAUAAUGUCUUUAUUUGAUAAAAUCGAUAACAGCGAUAAGGCUACUUGACAACCCAAAACGACCCUUUGAUAGAAACUGGAUCAUUCCCUUUUUGUAACGCAUGAACAAAAUGUAACGAUGGUAGCAUCUAGUCAGUUUUACGUGUAGUAAAAUGUAGUUCAUGAUGAUAUUGAUAUGGCAUCUGCUUUUGACGUAAGUUGGUGUAACAGUACUGAGCGUAACAGGGAAGUUCUCGAUUUAUCAAUAUUUGACUAUAAAUUGCAACCUAUUUUACUUGCAGGCAUAUUUUUACUUGGCUUUGCACUCACAGGCACAAAAUAUUAUUAAUGAGCCCUGAUAAGCAGGUCCGUACCCUGCCAGCUAAAUUUUGGUACGGUUUUCUUUGCUAGCUUGAAAGAAAUCCCUUCAAUGGGAGUUUCUUACUUAGAACAAUUUGAUUACGUUAUUUAUCAUUUGCAUUACCGAUGGCUUCUGAAAAGCUUUUAAAAUCUUUGAUGAUUAUUUAUGUAUGAACGCGAUAUAGGAGAUGUUUCAUCUUUCGUAAAACAAAUCUUUAAAAUCUCGUAUUUUAUCGUGUUUUUUAUAUUUUCAAAUCUCGCAUCUCUUUUCUAAAAGCAUAUUUCUCAUUAAUGUAUUCUGGUGAGUGUUUGUUGAUUCUGUGAUGAGAUAAACCAUAAACCAUUUUUUCCAAAAACAAAAUCAUCAUUUCUGCCCUGUGAAUCGCAAUAGCCACGCAGUGAAUCGUAAUCAAAGUACCACCUGUUGUAGGUUCAGUUGCAUAACUUACCAUCUAGCUAUCACGUUUUGUGUGGCUUCGAUUCCAAUCAUUUCAAUACAUUCUCCUGUGGAUAUCAGUUCGGACAUUGCUGCUUGCUUCUGGCCUAUAAUCCUGUGUCGUUGAAUUGCCAGGCUAAUCAUGCUGCAAGAAAAUAAUUUAGUCAACUUUACAGACGAAUAUGCAAACAAACCAGGGCAGUCGUUCCAUUCUAACCCACAAGACCGUGCUGUCUUGAAAAUGAUGACAAAUGUUCGAUCGACAAUGGCAUCAGGAAGUAACGCGUUCAAAUGUGGUAAGCUACAGAUGUGUGCAACUCUUUACAAGAAUACCAUCAAGAUAGCGCUCCGGGACAAAAAACUCACCAGAAUGCCCCAGCAUCUAGUAGAAGAGCUGGAAAAUGGAUUGACGACCAGUUCAGAGUGCGAAAAUCAGAGUGAUGCAGUUUGGAAUCUGCGUCAUGCCUUGGACGUGGUGUAUGACGAGUAUGUUGAUAUGUACUGCGGAGUAAAAGAUGCCAAGUUCAAUCCAAUACAUCUUGCUAUCAGUAAUGCCAUAAGCCUGGGUAUGGUUUUGCGUGGUGACAAACGUGAAGAGCAUCAGCGGGACUUAUACCACAAGUUAGCAAAAGACAUCCUGGGCGUAGCAACCUUGUCCAACGAGUCAAAAUCCAUGGUCAAAAGUGCGUUAGAAGUUGACGGGGAUGAAGACAAGCGAGGGACACAAGUAUUUGCCUUGAGGAAAGCCCUCGAUUAUGUUUACGAUGAGGUUCGACUGCCCGAAAUGCACAAGAAGCUUCUUGAAUCUACGCCUGUAGAUGAAGUUAAAAAGAAGGAAGAGUUUCUGCUUGACUUCACGAAAAAGAACGAAACAUUGAUGACAUUUACACCCAAAAUACUGAACGACACAGUGAUGGGGGGAAAGAGCAGUUCAGAACUGAAGCUUAAAGAUGAUGUGGCAGAAUUUUGUGGCUCUGUAUCCACAGAAAGUAGUGGUGGCUUUGCUAGCAUCAAGUUCCACCCUAGCAAUGUGGAAAAGCUCAGGGAUGCCCUUAAAAGCUGUGCUGGAUUUACGGUUGUGGCCAAAAAUCUAGCUGAGAAGGUUCAGCGUUUCAAAUUCCAGCUUGUUUCUGUCAAGAAGAUGCGUGCUUUCAACUAUCAAUCUGAGAUCAUGUUGCCUCCAACUUCUGAAUUUGUGCCAGUUUUUCUGCAUAUAUCUACAUUCUGGCCAACAAUGUUUGGUCAUGUGUUGGCCGAUCAAGGAAAGGUUGACACGACAGCUGUGGAUGCCAUUGGAUUUCUCGUUAGCAAAUUGUGUGAUGAUGGGAAACCAAAUCCGGACUUCAAUGAAGGUGAUUUCUCUAUAGCUAUAGAAUCUGUAAAAAUAGUAUAUUGAGACUGUAUCUCUAAUGAAAGCAUACUGACUUUGCAGCUGGCCCUUAAAAGUGAUAUAGAUCUAAGAAAUUAGUUGCUUUUUGUUAGAAUUUUUGGUUUGAUAUGCUAUGUAUCGUGUAAAUUUUUUUAAGAGCUUCCAGCGGUCAUGUUUGCGCUUCUUUUUCUGCUUAAUGUUAUAAAAAAUUAGGCACAGUUUAUCGGCUUUAAGAUUUCGUGCUUAAGCAAAAUAUUCGGUAGCUAGGGCAUAAGGUUUUUUAAGACACUAUAAACCUUUCUGAGACUGAAUAUAAAUUAAUUUGAAAAAUUGGAUUCCCAGUACAAAGGUUUUUGAGUCACGUUUUUUUCUCAGAUUUCUUUCUUAGCUUAAUACUUUUCCUGUCGAUUUAAGUCUAUUGAUCAAACCUUAACUGUUCUCUUCGAAAUUCAUGUGAGUUUUCAUUGCAAACUGUUUGUUCUUAUUGAAAUGUGGUUCUAAUUGGAGCCGGUUAUAAACUGAUUUUUAUAAUGUGCAGUCAUGUGACAGCUUCCUCCAGGCCCGAGGCAGGUAGCUUAUCUAGGUGAGGCUAUUGAUGACGUCAUCAAAAAUAAGUUAUAAUCCCGGCCACAGUAACUGAAAUAUAUUCAAUUUUGAUAUAGCUUAUCCAAACAUUGCAAGAAGGCUCAUCCUCACUUUUCUGCCCCCCCCCCCUCUGCUUAAAGUUCGAAGCAAUGGGGCCCCUCUUCUUCGGUUUGAAUAUUUCAUGUGUAUAUAUAUGUAUGAUCCAAAAAACAGCUACAAAUGUUGGUAUUGUAGAUGCUCAUUUUUGGUAUGUAAUUAUUUUUUUCCUCGCGCAUAUGGAAGCUUAACCUGCGGCUAAAUUUAACAAUUCACAUAUAUAUUGAUUUGAUUUAUUUAUAAAUGUAUUUGCCAUGAAUAGUAAAAACCUGCGUAUAAGAACCUACAUUUUUUUCAUUUUAGCACAGAUAUGUUCUUAGUCAAUGAGUACCUUUUAUUUUUUGUCUAUUUGCAUUUUACAGUUGUUUUAAUGACAGCAUUUUGCAACUUCAAAUCCUGUGUAAAUUGUUUGUACUAUUGAUGGCCACACUGAGAAAUCCUAAUUGGAGGAGACUCGGCGAACUCCGAUUUGAGUUCUUCGAGCCUCCUUGUAGCAUCGAGUUGGAAUAGCCAAUAGGAAUACAUCUCUAAUCAGAACGUAAUAACUGUGCUCUGCACAGCGAGCCUCGAUGCGGAGAGGAGGCGAUGAAAAGUAGAAAGUUAAACCAUUCUGAGUUAUUCAAAUAAGAACCUUUUCUGGAACUCAGGGUCAACAUGCUUGUUAAAGUGGUCCAAAGUACCUUUGUUAGUCUUUUGUCUCAUUAUAUAAACUAAAUUAUUUGGUUGAUGAGUAAAUAAGAUGUUGACGUAACCCCCCUCUUCUCACUAUAAUGAUUUAUCUUGCAUUCUGUGAGCGUGAAAUCUUCCAGUUGUACUAAGACUCGACAUUGUUAGUACAAUCUUUCGUUUAUUGAAUUUGUCAUAAUGCUGUUCAUUUUGACGUUACUUAUUUCAAAUUUUAUGUUUGAUAUGUAAGAUUAUGUAAAUUUUUUAUGUUCAAGUUGAAUUUGUUCUUCUUGGAGCUUAUAAUCAAUUAAUUUCAUUCAUGUUAAUUAUGGUGGAUUCUUUAGAUUUAAUGCGAAUGUUUUAUUUUGAUUAUGGGUCAUUCAAUUCUAUAGAUCUAUUUGGAAAAAUGGUUCUUACGUGCGGUUUUUAGUAUAUUCUUCAUUUUGAUUUUUUGCUAAUAAUGCUAUUGUAUAAUUGUAAAACAACUUUAGACUGUUGAUAACAGAGUUGUAUUAUUAUUCAAGCCGAAAGAAUGUAUGUUCUCGUAACAUCUUUGUACAAUAACUUUCCCAUGUAUCGCUGCUCUUAUGAUGAAAAUACUUGCUAGGACUGCUUAAACGUGAUGUCAAAAUGUCAGAUUCUAACAUCAAUAAACCUGUCA